AUGGCCAAGGGUCAUAAAUAUUUGAAACGUUUAAAAUCUGAGAAAAUGAAAACAAAAUUAAAAGCAAAAAAAACAAAACAUUUACCAAAAGAUUUAAAUAUUACGGAUCCUUCGUUUAAGGUUAGAACGAUUGUUAUACGAGAACAAUUAAAACAGCAUGACAAGGUGGAAAUACUUAGCAAGAGAAAACUUAAUAUUAAGGAUUUAUUGUCACGUUUACAACAUUAUAAUUCAACAGUUCGACAAGAUGCUGUAAAAGAAUUGAAAGAAAUUUUGUCAGAACAUUCUUUUAAAUUAUUAAGUUCUCAAUUUGGACCUCUUUUACAAGGUGUUUGUGCAUUAUCUCUCGAUAAGGAAAAAGAUAUUAGACGUAACUCUUUGAAAGUUUUAAGUCUAAUCCUUGGUCCAAUUUCUAAUGAUCAACUUAAUCCAUAUUCUGAUGUAUUAAUUUCUUAUUUGAGAUGUUCUAUGACACAUAUUGAUCCUUACAUUAAAGAAGAUUCUUUACUCUUCUUGGAUGUACUUGUACAAAACUGUAGCAAUAUUCUGGCCAAAAACAGUUAUAAAGUGCUGCCAAAUUUUUUAGAUAUGAUUUCCAAAUUACAUACAGAAAUAAAGCCUGGAAGACUAUUAGUAACAACUUUAAACUCCAAGAAUACUAAUAUUAAAUGGAGGAUACAAGUAUUAGAAAGACUUGCUACUAUGUUUAGUUCUAUGGUUACUUAUUUUAAAUCUCAAGAAAGUAUCUCUUAUUCAGAUGAAAGUGCAAAAUUUAUAACUGUGAAUAAAAAUAUUAGAUAUAUUCCUACUUAUACCAAUAUAAAUUUUCAAAAUUGUGAAAUUGAUUUUGAAAAAAUUAAUGAUGUGGAAAAAAAUAAUAUUGAUAACACUUCAGAUGCAGAUGAAUUUGUAAAAUAUAUAGAAUUAUUAAUGCCACUUAUAUUUGACAGCUGGGUUGAAGUAUGUCCUGAUAAAAAAAAUGCUGACAAUUUUGUAGUUUUCAUUUCUACAGAAACAUUGGAAUUAUUAAAAAGUAUCAUAACAAUAAUACAAUUAAUAAUUGAAUGUAUUGAUAUAUUACACACAAAAAGUGAUGUAAAUAUCAAAUUUUGGUUUAAAAGUAAUUUCCAGAGCUCUUACAUAAAAAAAUUGCUUUCAAGAUUUCCAUACUAUAAAUUGGGAAAACUUGGAAGUUUUCUUUGUUUGACAAGAGAACGUCAACAAAAUUUUACUGUGGAGAAUUCAUGUGAUUAUUGUUUAGAGUGUAAUUUAGGCAUUUGUCAAAUUUAUGUAUGGUUUACAUCACUAGAGAACGAUGAUAAAAUGAUGUCUAAAUUAAAUAAAAAUUAUUGCACAUCUAUAAUUAAAUAUUUAAAUGAAAAACUGAAAAACUGGUCUAACAUAGAUAAUAUUAUGCUAUCACAACUGACUAAGCUUCUGAGAACAUUAUUUUUAAAAGCAAGUAAAAUUUGGUACAAAAAUCAUCUUGAUUUAAGUGAAACUUUACAAUUAGUUAUAAACGCAUGUUGUAAUCAGUCAAAAAGAGAAAUACAGUUAGAAUUAUUUUCUGUAAUUAGCGAAAUAAUGUUGGAUCAUACUUUGCAAGAAUUGCAUAGGGAAAAUGUAUUUAAAAAAUUCAUCUCAACUUUGCCAAGUCUCUUGUUAAAAUCAAAAAUACAUGAAAAUACAAUACAGAUAAUAAAUAAGAUUGUACUCCGUUAUAGAAAUUGGAUUCAAAAAGAGCUUCUGAUAAAUUACAAAAACAUUAUAGAAAACGCCAAGAAGAUUGAAAUUAUCGGAUCUGAAGACCAUAAACAAUCUCGUCUUAUGAUAUGUAAUUUGUUUUACUUUUUAGAUACCGAAAUUUUCUAUUAAGUAAAAUAAGUAUUUCUCUAAUAAUUUUACAUACACUUUAUUGUAAAUUUCUACGAAAAUGAUAUUUUUUGUGUUUUUAAUAAAUCAUUGAUUUAUUAUUCAAAUAUUCAAAUAUUAUUAUUAGAGCAUUGCUGAUAAUAUGCAAUCAUUAAUAAUAUUAAAUUAUAUAACUUAAUAAUUAUUAUAAAUACAUACAUUACAAAUAUAUAUAACAAUUAUAAACAUCUUGUAUAUGUUUGUAUCAUUUUGCAGCACUAUUUUUAAAGUUUCGAAAAUACUUUGUAAUACUUAUGUACAUAUUACAAUGAAAUCUCAUUUAUCCAAAUAUGUAACAGGACAGAACAGACAAACAAUUCGGAUAAUACAGGUUCACUAGCUUUUUUCAUAUCCUACUCUUAUUUGUUUUGACAAUAAAAUAUAGUAGAUAAGGAUAACAGAAUAAAUAAGAUUACAUUGUAUAUUCAUUUUGAAGAUUCUAAACCAAGAUGAAGUAUUUUCAGGACAUAAUUUAAACUUUAGUUACCAUAUUCAUGUUUCGCGGAGACUCGUCAUCAACGAAUGAAUAGUUAUCAAAUACGAACAAUCCAUUAUUGCUUUUAA